AUGCCUGUCUCGUCCAGCACUGUCAAAAUCACAGAGGGAUUCAUCCCAUUCUCUGUCUUGUCCCUCCCGGAAAAGCCCUGUCAGACGUACUACAAAGUGAUUGGUACGUUAAACAAGGACACGACACCACUUGUAGCGCUCCAUGGUGGGCCAGGAACUGGGCACGAGUAUCUUCUUAUCCUCGCCGAUCUGGGAGUACCCUUGAUUUUGUACGAUCAGAUAGGCUGCGGCAAGUCUACGCAUUAUCCCGAGAAGAUAGGCGAUGCUUCGUUUUGGACUGUGGAGCUCUUCCUUGAUGAGCUCAGCACUGUACUACGAUACUUGGGGGUACAAGAUAAUUAUAACCUGGCAGGUCAUUCGUGGGGCGGGAUGCUUGCAGCUAACCAUGCGAUUCUUCAACCCAAGGGAUUGAAGCGUCUAAUUCUGAUGAGUGCCCCGGCAGAUAUGAAGUUGUGGGCGAAAGCUCAGGAUCGACUACGGAAGUUAUUGCCGCAGGAGGUGCAGGAUAUAAUGGAGAAGCAUGAGAAAGAGGAGACUACGGAGUCAGAAGAGUAUCAGGGAGCUAUGAAAGCUUAUUAUAAACGAUUUUUGUGCACUGUGUGGCCUUUGCCUGAUUCGAUCCUGCACAGUUUGGGCGAGUUGGAGAAGGAUCCUACGGUCUAUAUGACUAUGAACGGUCCUUCCGAGUUUCAUACUACGGGCUCUUUGAAGAACUGGACUGUCGUCGAAGAUGCGCAUAAGAUCAAUGCUCCGACUUUGUUAACCAACGGACGCCUCGAUGAAGCUCAAGAUGAAGUAGUAGUACCAUUUUUCAAGGCGAUUCCCCGCGUUAAAUGGGUGAGAUUCGAAAACUCUAGUCAUAUGCCCCACUUCGAGGAAAGGGAAAGGUAUAUGAAGGAAAUGAAGGCGUUCUUAGAAUACUAG